AUGUCUUCUUUGACCCAUCACAAAGUUCUACGUACCCCUCUCCACCCUCCUUUCCCAAGCCACCUCAAACAAAUCAUGUUUGGAAUGGGCUGCUACUGAGGCGCAGAAAAAGCUUUUUGGCAGCUCAAUGGAGUCUAUACAACUCAUGUGGGGUUUUCAGGCGGACGUGUCCCGAACCCUACUUAUGAGCAAGUUUGCAAUGGAAGGACAGGCCAUAAUGAAGUGGUUCGAGUUGUUUAUGAUCCAGCAAUCAUAAGCAUUUGGAGGCUUCUGAAGGUUUUUUGGGAAGGUCAUGAUCCAACACAAGGAAAUAGACAAGGAAAUGAUGUGGGUGACAAUUAUAGAUCAGCUAUCUAUACGUAUUCUGAAGAGGACCUAAGGAUUGCAGAAAGGUCUAAAGCUGUGUAUCAGGAACAGCUGAAAGCAAGGAGAUUCGAAAAAAUCACAACUGAAAUUAACAUGGCUGAAGAGUUUUAUUAUGGGCCAGAUGACCACCAGCAGUAUUUGCAUGAUAUACCUUGGGGAUAUUGUGGGCACGGACACACUGGAGUGCAUUUUGAAUUUGAAGGGAUUUAA